CACAAGAGAGAAGCAAGUAUUGUGUGUUGGAUGAGAUUAAGGAAUAAAGAUGGAUAAGAGUAUGAUUGGAGAUUUGGAUGCACUUCCUGAAGCUGAUAAACUUAGAAUGGCUUCCAUGAUUGAUCAGCUCCAAGUCCGUGACAGCUUGAGAAUGUAUAAUAGCCUGGUCGAAAGAUGUUUCACGGACUGUGUAGACAAUUUCAAACGCAAAACUUUAGACAAACAGGAGGAGACCUGUGUCAGGCGAUGUGCUGAGAAGUUCUUGAAGCAUUCUAUGCGUGUGGGUCUGAGAUUUGCAGAGCUCAACCAAGGUGCACCAACACCAGACUAAGGCGCUUCUACUAUGUGCCUGCAAUUCAAUUUCUCAUUACCGUAGGCAUUGUUUUAUUGCGGGUUAAUCAAGAAGUACAAGGAGCGGAAGUUUCUUAGUUUUGAAUGUCAACAACUUUCCUCGUCAGAGUAAUUGGUAAAAUGUACUUUUGCAGUUUUGCUUCUAAAUCCCAAGAAUAUUAGGAGUGAAAAAAUAUUAGGAACUUGAAUAGUUGAACUGGAUCCUGUAACUAGAUUGCAGGCGACUUGCUGUUAUGACAGCAAUUCUUUUGUUUCAGAAUUCCAGAAAAUAAUGUGGUAUUCAACUUCAUCAAGAAUAUGUAUUUGUUGCCUUUCCCGCUAUGAAGGCAAUAUAAUGAACUUGAAGUUGAUA